CUGCUUCACUCGGUGGAGACCCUUUCCCCCUCCAGCUAUAUAUCUUUAAGCUCCCUACCCUCUCCUAUGUUUCCUCUUCCUCUUCUCCUUCCCUUCCCUUGUACGAAAGACAUAAAUAUGCGUUAAACCCUCUCCUUUAUUUCCUCCCUAUCUGCCUCUAAACUGCUUCAACCCAGAUAGUACGUAGUUGCUAUUAACCUGCUAAACCGGUAGACCCCAUUUCAGCAGCAAGCCCCGGCGGCCUUCUGCAGUACUCUUAAAUUUGUAGCACCCUCUUUUCAACUUUUGCUUAUCAUCCCGGACUUAGUUUUUCUCUCUACCAGCGAAAAAAUAUGAACAGCCUCUUCUCCAGCUCCAUCUCUCGCUUACAAGGCGAGGAAGCCUCGGCGGACUACCACCUGAUCAACGUGGACAAGCUCUUCGAGGAUGUCGAUUCCGUGAGGAACGAGCUAAAAGAGCUGGAUCGCCUCAGCCAAGCCCUGCCCAGCGCCCACGAGCAGAGCCAGACCCUCCGCGACGCCAAAGACAUCAAGGACCUCCGAUCCCGCAUGGAUGCCGACGUCGCUCUUGCCCUUCAGAAGGCAAAGCUCAUCAAGGUCAUGCUCGAGACCAAGCUCAUCAAGGUCCAGCUCGACAAAUUCAACCGCAAGCCUCACUAUUUCGUGAUGUUUUUGGGACUUGUACUGCCUAUCUUCUUGAUAUAUGUUGUCUUUCCGAACCUCCCGUAGGAAAACAAUAACAGCAAGAGCCCCAGCCCUCCUGCUGUGUAGGAAGGAUUGCCAUCUUCAUUCUUCAAUGCUCUUUACGACUAUACGCCGUGGAAAAAAAUUAUGUGACGUGCACAACAAGAAUAAUUAAUAGAUGUGCAAGAAUAAAAUAUUCUGUUUUCGUUCAUUCUGAUCGCAGAUAAUUUAUCAUAAAUAUUAUUUCUUGUAGUGGUGCAUAUAUUUAUAUUAUUUAAUAGCAUUUUGUUGGAAUAAUCCGAUACAAUUCUGGAAUUAAUAUCUUCGAUCUAAAGAGUUUGUAAUCGGUUGAAAUCUAUUAACUAAUAAAGUUGUUGAGAAUUCUUUUCAAA